AUGGCCAACUACCUCGCCUCCAUCUUCGGUACCGAGCAGGACAAGGUCAAUUGUUCCUUCUACUACAAGAUCGGCGCAUGCCGUCACGGCGACCGCUGCUCCCGCAAACACGUGAAGCCGUCGUACUCGCAGACUGUUCUCAUGCCGAACAUGUACCAGAACCCGGCCUACGAUCCGAAGAACAAGAUGAACCCGAGCCAGCUGCAGAACCACUUUGACGCUUUCUACGAGGACGUAUGGUGCGAGAUGUGCAAGUACGGCGAGCUCGAGGAGUUGGUCGUCUGCGACAACAACAAUGACCAUCUGAUCGGCAACGUCUACGCUCGAUUCAAGUACGAAGAAGACGCGCAAGCAGCAUGCGAUGCAUUGAACUCACGCUGGUAUGCUGCGCGACCGAUAUACUGCGAAUUAUCGCCCGUCACAGAUUUCCGAGAAGCGUGCUGUCGGCUCAAUAGUGGCGAGGGAUGCGUGCGGGGGGGAUUCUGCAACUUCAUUCAUCGCAAAGAUCCUGGCCCCGAGCUGGACCGGGAGUUGCGACUGAGCACAAAGAAGUGGCUUAAGGACAGGGGUCGCGACGCGCGCAGCGUCAGCCGCAGCCCGAGCCCAGAGCCGACUCGGCGGAGGGUUUAG